AUGGAGUGCUUCUCAGCUUCAUCCGUUGACAAUGCAUUGUAUACCUUCGACGAAGAGGCACACCGCCACUUGCUGCAUUCCUUGCAACAGCAUCACCAGAGGCUACGCCUCAAUCCGCAGCAUAGGGGUGUUCACAGCCCUGUGACCUUUACUGACGCCUGGAUCGCAGAUGUGGCGCUGGCCAAGAUGAUGGCCCAUGCAGAAAGGGGGGGUAAAAUAGAAGUAAUGGGGCUCUUGCUCGGCAAGGCUGUAGUGACACCCGAAAGUUCCGAUGACGGGCCGCUGCAUGGUGCCACCAUCUCGACACAUUACGAGAGUAUGUCUUCUGUCUCUGAGAUGGAUAGGGAAGCAGAUAAUCAACAGUCAGAUCAAAGAGGCUACUUUGUUGUGACAGACUGCUUCGCGUUGCCCGUGGAGGGCACCGAGACUCGGGUGAAUGCAGCAGAAGAGGCAAACGAAUUCAUGAUUCAAUUCCUAGAGGCAGCAGAAAAAGUACCCAUGCAACAGAAGGUGGUUGGGUGGUAUCAUUCCCAUCCUAACUACGGAUGCUGGCUCUCAGGGAUUGAUGUGUGCACGCAGCAGCUGCAACAGCAGCAUCAGGACCCCUUCCUUGCCAUUGUUGUAGAUCCAAUCCGAACGAUAUGCAACAGAUCAAUCGAGCUAGGGGGGUUCAGAACUCUUUUGCCUGGAGAGGAGAAGAGGGAUGACGCGGGAGAUGCGGAGGCGGCGUCUUCGCAGCUGUUGCCUGCAGAAAAAGUGAAUGAUUUUGGUGCCCACUGGAAACGGUAUUAUCAGCUUCGUGUCCACUGGUGCGCCAAUUCAAUCAGUGCCCCACUGGUGGAGCAGAUGUGUAGUGCUUCGUGGCCUCAACUUAUUGUGGGCCAAAGCCUUGACCGGAACCGGUACGUCGAGCUUCGCCGGUUAGAAGCAAUCGUUGAGUCUUGCAAUGAGGCCAUCAGCGCUGCUGAGCGCAGCCAGCCCGUGUCCAUAGGAACCGCCAGUGGCCAAGACAUGAGGGACCAGUCUGACCUUAGUGACAGCGGCUUCGCUGCUGAAUAUUCGGAUGAUUCAGAGUUAGGGGCUCCAAGGGGGAAGGGUUUGUGUGACAGACUUGUGGACACAGCAGAGAAAGCUGCAGAUAUCGCGGUGCGAGCUCUUGGGGGGCUCGUUGAAAUUGCGGCCCUGAGUGCAAUCUACUGCGACAACACUACAUGGCGCCAGCGAGCCCGCGCCUCCAGUAAACCAGAUGAGGCACUAUGUUCGGAAAAUCAGUGUUAG